AUGGCCAUCCUCCUCCGCCACAUCCCCCUCCCCUCUCCAACAUCCUACACUCACGCCGCCACUCUCCAACAAUCCCUCGUCUCAGCUUUCCUAGCCCACAAAGCCUCCCCCAACACAAACCCUCCAAUCCCUCCCACAGUCCUCACCGCCCAAUUCCACCCGGUCUACACCUGUGGUCGUCGUGAAAUCGGCACCGUCACAGACUCCCAAAGACAAUAUCUCACCGCCCCAUUCACCAACAACCGCCAAGCAGAAUUCAUCGAAGCCCUCCGAGGUGRCCAAACCACUUUUCAUGGACCCGGACAAUUAAUCGCCUAUCCCAUUAUAGAUCUCAAACGUCACAAUCUCACUCCUCGCUGUUAURUGCGAUUGCUGGAGAAUACCGUCAUGGAUGUUCUAGCCAAGUACGAUGUCAAGGGAAUCACGACGGAGAAUCCGGGAGUCUGGACGACGGAUGGCGAGAGGAAAAUCUGUGCUGUGGGGGUGCAUUUGAGGAGGAAUGUUACGAGUCAUGGUGUUGGGUUGAAUGUUACUGACGAGCCAAUGGCGUGGUUGAGGAGGAUUGUUGGGUGUGGGUUGGAGGGGAAAGGGCCGGGAUGUCUUGUUGGAGAGGGGGCGAGGGUGGAAGGGUUGAGUGUCGAGGGGGUUGGGGAGGAGUUUGUGAGGGUGCUGGGGGAGAGGUUGGGGGUUGAUGGGGUGGUGAGGCUGGCCGAGGGAGAUGUGUGA